AUGAACAGAUAUUAUAACCUACUACCAUUAUUCACAUUCCUAUUGACAAUAUGUAUAUACAUUGCUGCUCUUCAAGUCUAUUGGUUCCGUCUGGACUGGGGCGAUGGAAGUAAGACAUAUUUGUACUUUAAACACUUUAGGAAUAUCAAUUCUACUACGUCCAGUGAUAAUAGUUAUGAAUAUUUGGAUGAUACUGAGAGUGUACUACGUGUAUGCACUGCCAUGAUGGCACUCUCCUUUGUCCUGGUACUAGUAGCAUUUGCACUUCACACCGUACUACUCCUCGGCUACAAAAAGUCCUCGUCAACAGUGCCCCAAACAUCACGACUAAUCACUGGAGGUGCACUAAUAGCCAUCGUCGUAACCAUUUCAUACUUUACAAGAUUGAUGAACUCUAUACAUGCUGAUUGCAAUAGUGAUUCACGGCCAUUGAUCAACUUCCCAUGUGCUCAACUACCUGAUGGUGAGAAUGGAUUCAUUCGGAAGAGUGGAACGGUAACUUGGGGACCGUACAUCGGUUGGAAUCUCAGUGUUGCUGCUUCAGUUGCCCUUUUAUUCGGCCUUAUCGCUGUCUGUUAUAUCACACUGGUUAAAGCCAGAAAGAGAAGGAGUUACAAGAACAUCGAUGAUGAACACCUGGUGAUUUGGAACACCCCAUUG